AUGGCAAGAGCACAGAAUUUCACUGGGAACUAUAAUAGUAAAGCCAACCAGCUGAAUGGUAACCAUUUUCAUGGCCAUGUUACUAUCAAUCCACCUGAUACCACGGAGAGACAUCACCCGAAACCCACGCAAAACAAUCCAAAGUCAGAGUCCGCGGGAUAUAUGAUUAAUGAGUUCACUGAGAAAACUGGCUCUCGCGCGAGUGGAAUCUUGAACUGGGAUGAUUGUGCCCAGUCACUUGCAUUCGAAGAAUCAAAUGACAGGGAGCGAGUUAUAGUAACACAGUCGGCCGGUACUUGUGAAUGGCUACUCAAAUCACCAAAAUACUUACGCUGGAUUGAUGAACGCGGAUUAUUUCUGAUUAGAGGCAAACCUGGCUCCGGAAAGUCUACUCUUCUAAAAUAUGCUCUAUGCCAACAACCAGAAGCUGUCACCCCUCUAGGCUCUGUCUUGCUAUCUUUUUUCUUUUUUGCUAACGGCUCGGAGCUUCAGAGAAGUAUACUGGGUCUCUUCCGAUCUCUUUUACUUCAAUUACUUGAACAGGAUGAGGAUUCAAAGUCAGCAUUCAUGAGUAUUUGCGGCAGACGCUGCAAACCGGGAGAAAAGGAAAAGCCGCAAUUAAAUUGGCAUCAGGUUGAACUAGAAAAUCAUUUUCAGAAGCUUGUGAUCGACUGUUCUGCUCGGCGGAAAAUAUUAAUUUAUGUUGAUGCCCUUGACGAGUGCAACGAUAAGGACCGGGAUCGCCUAAUCAGUUCCUUUCAUACUCUUCGCGGUGAAAGGCUAAAUAGACCGGCAAUUUUCGUCACGUGCCGUCCAUAUCCAGACGGCCAAAUUAAGGCAGACUUCCAAAUUCGACUUGAAGAGGAGAAUCAGAAUGACAUUCAGAGUUUCGUGGAGCAUAAUCUACGGCUACCCGAUGAGACUGCCGAAGAAGCGGAUGAGUUGAAACGUACUCUGCUAAGUAAAGCCGAGGGUCUAUUCCUCUGGCUUGUUUUGAUCAUCCCGCAAAUCCACGAGAUGAGUAGCAAAGGAUUGAGUCUGAGAAGAAUCUCUUCAGAAAUUCUCGAAUGCCCUCGAGAGCUGGAUGGGCUGUACGAAGGUCUCCUAAACAAAAUUGAAAAGAGCGAGCUACUGGAAGCUAUCGCCUUAUUUCAUUGGAUCUGUUUUGCAGCCCGGCCGCUAUCACUUAAUGAACUCAGAAUUGCAUUGACAGUGAAUCUGAGCGCGUCAAAAAGUUCAUUAAAAGAAUAUGGGGAUGGAGACAAUCCUCAGUUGAUAGCAAACGAAUCCAAGAUGAGGAAGCGGAUGACUUACCUAACUCGAGGUCUUGUGGAAUCGAAAAGUGAUGAGACAAGCGAAGGCAAAAAUGUUGUUGGUUUUCACCAUGACACAAUCAGAGACUUUAUGCGGAAAAAAGGGCUGAACUUUCUGAAAGGGCGGAUGCCUGAUCGUCAAGGAGUUGCUAAAAGUGCCAAUGUUCAGCUAGCAAACACGUGUCUACUAUACUUAUCAACAGACGAGAUUCGCGGUGCUUGCCUAAAGAAGACUAUGUUGUCAGGAGAAAACUUUGGGUUCCUGGGCUAUGCGGCAAUGUUUUGGCUCUCGCAUGCUGUUGCCGCAGAGAGGGAACGCUUAGGGGGGACGAUUUUGUGGCCAGAUGAAGCUAUAAUUGGUUUAUGGAUCAAGAUACACAACAGCCUAUGGCAAGAUUCCGAAAAAAACCCAAUAGAAGGGACGACAUUGAUGCAUAUCGCAGCACAGUACGAGCUUGAAAAUUUGGCCAAGAGGAUUAUCACGAAGGAGGAAAGAAUCUCGGCUGCCUUAGGACACACAAUAUUGCGACGUGGUGAUAUCUCUUCGUCGAUAUCAGAGCCAACAGUGAAGACAGAAAAAAAAAGCAGAUUAGGGAAAGACGAGAUAAAACGACUCACUAUACGACGGUCACGCCAGGAGGCAACGGAAAGUCUCGGACGAAGAGAAAAUUCUCAAGUAAAGGCAAUAAAGAGAGAAAUAUCGGUGAAGAUGGAGCGAGAUGAAAGGAAAAGCGGUGCGAUGAUGGGGUUAAGGAAAGGUAAAGACAAGGAAGGAAAGGAACACGUGAAUGUUCGAAAUCAAGAUGGAGAUUUACCACUACAUUUGGCGGCAGAACAUGGGUCCCUUAUGAUGGUUAAGUUCUUAUAUAGGAGCGGAAGUGAGAUCACAGAAUUGAAUCACCGAAAGUGUACACCGAUCUAUAAAGGGUCAAAAAAUGGUCAUCUCGAAGUGGUCAAGUUUCUAUUCGAGCAUGGAGCAGAUAUUCACACCACGACAAAUGGUGGCUGGACUCCAUUCUGUGCGGCUUCAGACUCAGGCCAUCUCGAAGUAGUCAAGUUUCUAUUCGAGCAUAGAGCAGAUGCCGAUAUUCACACCGCGACAAAUGAUGGCUUAACUCCAUUCUGUGCGGCUUCAGACUCAGGCCAUCUCGAAGUAGUCAAGUUUCUAUUCGAGCAUGGAGCAGAUGCCGAUAUUCACACAGCGACAAAUAAUGGCUGGACUCCAUUCUGUGCGGCUUCAGAGUCAGGCCAUCUCGAAGUAAUGAAGUUUCUAUUCAAGCAUGGAGCAGAUAUUCACACCACGACAAAUGAUGGCUGGACUCCAUUCUAUGCGGCUUCAUAUUCAGGCCAUCUCGAAGUAGUCAAGUUUCUAUUCGAGCAUAGAGCAGAUAUUCACACCGCGACAAAUGAUGGCUGGACUCCAUUCUAUGCGGCUUCAGAUUCAGGCCAUCUCGAAGUAGUCAAGUUUCUAUUCAACCAUAGAGCAGAUACCGAUAUUCACACCGCGACAGAUAAUGGCAGGACUCUAUUCUAUGCGGCUUCAAAUUCAGGCCAUCUCGAAGUAGUCAAGUUUCUAUUCGAGCAUGGAGCAGAUGCCGAUAUUCACACAGCGACAAAUGAUGGCAGGACUCCAUUCUAUGCGGCUUCAAAUUCAGGCCAUCUCGAAGUAGUCAAGUUUCUAUUCGAGCAUGGAGUAGAUGCCGAUAUUCACACAGCGACAAAUAAUGGCUGGAAUCCAUUCUGUGCGGCUUCAAAUUCAGGCCAUCUCGAAGUAGUCAAGUUUCUAUUCGAGCAUAGAGCAGAUGCCGAUAUUCACACCACAACAAAUGAUGGCUGGACUCCAUUCUGUGCGGCUUCAUAUUCAGGCCAUCUCGAAGUAGUCAAGUUUCUAUUCGAGCAUGGAGCAGAUAUUCACACCGCGACAAAUGAUGGCUGGACUCCAUUCUGUGCGGCUUCAUAUUCAGGCCAUCUCGAAGUAGUCAAGUUUCUAUUCGAGCAUGGAGCAGAUGCUGAUAUUCACACAGCGACAAAUAAUGGCUGGACUCCAUUCUGUGCGGCUUCAGACUCAGGCCAUCUCGAAGUAGUCAAGUUUCUAUUCGAGCAUAGAGCAGAUGCCGAUAUUCACACAGCGAUAAAUAAUGGCAUAACUCCAUUCUGUGCGGCUUCAAAUUCAGGCCAUCUCGAAGUAGUCAAGUUUCUAUUCGAGCAUGGAGCAGAUGCCGAUAUUCACACCACGACAAAUGAUGGCUGGACUCCAUUCUGUGCGGCUUCAGACUCAGGCCAUCUCGAAGUAGUCAAGUUUCUAUUCGAGCAUGGAGCAGAUGCCGAUAUUCACACCACAACAAAUGAUGGCUGGACUCCAUUCUGUGCGGCUUCAGACUCAGGCCAUCUCGAAGUAGUCAAGUUUCUAUUCAACCAUAGAGCAGAUACCGAUAUUCACACCGCGACAGAUAAUGGCAGGACUCCAUUCUAUGCGGCUUCAAAUUCAGGCCAUCUCGAAGUAGUCAAGUUUCUAUUCGAGCAUGGAGCAGAUGCCGAUAUUCACACAGCGAUAAAUGAUGGCUGGACUCCAUUCUUUGCGGCUUCAAAUUCAGGCCAUCUCGAAGUAGUCAAGUUUCUAUUCGAGCAUGGAGCAGAUGCCGAUAUUCACACCACGACAAAUGAUGGCUGGACUCCAUUCUGUGCGGCUUCAGACUCAGGCCAUCUCGAAGUAGUCAAGUUUCUAUUCGAGCAUGGAGCAGAUACCGAUAUUCACACCGCGACAAAUGAUGGCAGGACUCCAUUCUAUGCGGCUUCAGAUUCAGGCCAUCUCGAAGUAGUCAAGUUUCUAUUCGAGCAUGGAGCAGAUACCGAUAUUCACACCGCGAUAAAUGAUGGCUGGACUCCAUUCUUUGCGGCUUCAAAUUCAGGCCAUCUCGAAGUAGUCAAGUUUCUAUUCGAGCAUGGAGCAGAUAUUCACACCGCGACAGAUGAUGGCUUAACUCCAUUCUGUGCGGCUUCAGACUCAGGCCAUCUCGAAGUAGUCAAGUUUCUAUUCGAGCAUGGAGCAGAUACCGACAUACAAACGCGGACACAUUAUGGACCAACUACUAAUAGUGUGGCUGUAUAA